GAUACUGGCGGAUCAUUAUGCCCAGAAGGGCAAGUACAGAGUUUAUCUACCGGAUUUCAUGAAUGGACGCUCGGCCCCUGUGUGGGCUAUAAACCUCAUGGCGAAUCUGUUCAAGACAGAUACCCUGUACGACUGGCUUGUCAAACCCUAUUAUAUCGCUGGCGCGAUUUACGCCAUGGUUCCAUUCAUGUACUUCAACCGAUUCAGUAAAUCCUGGCCCAUCGUCAAGUCAUUCUUCGCUGCUGUCCGUCAGAACGAAGGAGCUGAGCUUCCCAUCGCAGCAGCCGGUUUCUGCUGGGGAGGCAAGCACACUGUCAAUCUGGCUCACGGGGUUGAAGUAGACGGCAAACCGUUGAUCAAUGCUGGAUUCACGGGACAUCCUAGCCUCUUGAGCAUCCCCGGGGAGAUUGAGAAGAUAACGAUCCCGGUUAGUUUUGCCCUGGGGGAUUUGGAUGUGAUUGUGAAAAAGCCGCAGAUUGAGCAGAUCAAGAACAUUAUGGAGAGUGAGGAUAAGAUUGGUGAGGUGAAAGUUUACUACGGGGCUAGUCAUGGGUUCUGCGUGCGAGCAGACCGUCUUCUGCCAGAUGGAGAGCAGCAAGCUACUGAGGCAGAAGAUCAGGCGCUGGAUUGGUUUAAUCGCCACUUCGCUAAUGUGCAAUAAGUCACGUCAUAUUUGAGAUAGUAAGCUGUUGGACUAUGAGUCAACGCCCUCACCGUCCUCUAUCAAAGCUUUCAAUUUUCCACCGCGCCGC